AAUUACCCCUGCGCGCGCCGUAGAAACCUCACUCCUUUCAUUUCAUCGGCGAUAACCCAUAGUGUUACUCGGAGACACAGAGAGAAACCAAAUAUGGAGGUCGGGAGGUUGCCGAUAUCCGCUACGCUUCGAGGUAAACUGAUAUCAGCAGGCUAUACUACUCUCUCCUCUCUUGCUUCCGCCUCUCCUUCCGACCUUGCUCGAGAACUGGAAAUCUCAAACAAUGAAGCUUUUGAAAUUCUUAAAUUUGCAUCACAUGGUAGUAGGCUGGACAGGCCAGACGGGAGUGGUGCUAUUGUUAAUGGUGCAGAGACUGCUUGGGAUAUGCUCCACAAAGAGCAGUUACUGCCACGUAUUACCACAUCUUGUGCAGAUUUAGAUAACCUUCUUGGUGGAGGAAUUAAUAGCAGUGAGGUUACGGAAAUUGGUGGAGUACCGGGUAUCGGUAAAACACAGCUUGGGAUUCAACUUGCUGUAAAUGUUCAAAUUCCAGGUGCAUUUGGUGGCUUAGGUGGAAAAGCAGUUUAUAUAGAUACAGAAGGGAGCUUUAUGGUGGAGCGUGCUGUGCAGAUUGCUGAAGCAUGUAUAGAAGAUAUGUCAGAUUACAGUGUCUUAGUAAAGAAGAAUGCAAUGCCUCAUCAAGUGCAAAUCCAACCAAAAGAUAUCUUGGAAAACAUAUUUUACUUUCGUGUCUGCAGCUAUACAGAGCAAAUUGCCCUAGUAAAUUAUCUGGACAAGUUCAUUACGGAGCACAAAGAUGUUAAGGUUAUCAUAGUUGAUAGUGUGACAUUUCAUUUCCGCCAAAAUUUUGAUGACUUGGCGCUCAGGACACGAUUACUCAGUGAAAUGGCUCUUAAGUUGAUGAAGCUGGCCAAGAAGUUUAAUUCGGCCGUUGUUCUAUUGAAUCAGGUCACCACUAAGUUCGCCGAAGGUUCAUUCCAAUUGACUCUUGCAUUGGGUGAUAGCUGGUCACACUCUUGCACGAACCGGAUCAUUUUAUAUUGGAAUGGCGAUGAAAGGUACGCGUAUCUUGAAAAAUCGCCCUCUCUUCGAUCUGCAUCGGCACCUUAUUCUGUGACUUGUAGAGGCAUUAGAAAUUCUACAUCAAGUAAUAAGAGAACCAAAAUGAUCUAAGAUUUGACACGCCUUUAAAACUCACAUGAAUUCAUGUUGUUCUCAUGCUUCAUCUAAUUUAAGUAUGGAAUUAUCUGAAUGAUUCUUGGUUUUGCUUCCACACCUAAGUUGUAGUGCAUGGAACUUCUAUGAUAUGGAAAAUUGAAAGUUGCCCUUA